UAUAUUAUCAACCCAUUUUUAUAACUUUUUCGAUUAUUCUUAAUGACACAUCGUCUAGUACGCACCACUUAUAUACCACUUACUUCCUUUUCAAUUUUAUCACGUCAACAAACAAUAGCUCACUUUGGUACUUCCUCUACUCAAUGGUUUCGUCGAUUUCUUAGUCCAAAGGAAGAAAAUCAACUAUACUUGGGAAUUACAGCAUUAUUCCGAGAAAAACUGAAAGAAAAAUCAGAUUCAAGUAAUCAAUCCUACAGUAACAUCAUUGAUCAAGUUAUUCUCGGUACCCAAACAACGACAACAACUAUAUCUAAUAUACGACCUUCACAAACAACUUUAAAAGAAUUGGGACGACUCAAACAAGAUAUUGAUGCAGCAGGAAAAGCAAAGGAUAUGGAACAACUGGAUUUUCUAUGGAAUGAAUUACAGCAAGCUGGUAGUCAAGUACCAACGACUAUGUACAAUCGACUUAUUCGUUCAUAUCUUUCGUGCCCUUCUGAACUAGGACUGGAAAAAGCCAAACAAGUGGUGAACAUGAUGGAAACCAAACAACAUCGAUUACCAACCACUCGUACUUGCACUUAUUUGAUUCAAGCACACUUGAAACGGAAAUUACCAUUAGAAGAAGUGCGACCCUAUGUAGCCAUGUUACAACAUUAUUCACUCGACAAACUGAAAACUCCAUUCGACUGUAGUGUAAUGAUGCGAUACUAUAUAGAAUGUGGAAAUACUCAUGCCAUUGAUUUUUUGUGGAGAUAUACGAUGCGUCAUGUCGAUACGAUACAGCCUGGUCCAGCUCUUUAUACUCAAUAUGUGGAGUGGUUAUUGUCUAGUCAUGCUCCUCAUAAUGUGAUUGCCAGUACUGCUCAGUCUCUUAUUCAACGAUUUGGUUCCUCUAUCCCAUCACCUUCAACAAAUAAUACAACUUCUACUUCAGGAUUCACUUGGACACAACAUCAAAUAUCUACUUGGCUCAAUGUUGUUCGACUUUUGACACAUUCCACUUCAUCACCUUCUCACUGUCUUGAUGCUGAAAAGUUGUUACUCUGUCUUGUCAACGUAUCCGAUACCACUGCAGCUAUAUUUGACAACACUGACAACAAUAACAAUAGUAAUCAUAAGACCACAACAUCACUGGAAUCAUCAUCAACAACCGAUCUACAUAGGACAAAAAAACAAGGCAUACAAGCGAUUCAAGACAUCAUACGUACCUAUUUGGAACAAGCUCAAGAUCUCAAGGUACUUGCAUUUUAUUAUCGACUACGAGAAUCCGGGGUCAAGGAAGACGUAUUUGGUACCGAUUUGACACGAGCUAUUGGUACAGUCAUAGGACGGGUAGAACUACAACAAGAAUGGAAUUUGGAGGGAUCCAAAACAAUUGCCGAUGAACUUGGAUUAGCUAUACGAUCUUGAAACAUGGACUGAAUGGAAUUGAACAAGAUUUUAUAUAGAUGAUAGAUGAUAUCCCAACACUCUCCUUUGUAGAUAGUCCCAUUACACUUAUACAAAUGAUAUUUAUAGUUUUAUCUUUAUUCCUUUUUUUUAAAAAAAAAAAAAAUAAAAUCAUCAUAC